GCCUUGUGCGACGCCAUUACUCGGUGUAUACACCAAACGGACAAAAUGGCGAAAUUGCCCUAAAAUUUUUGGCAACUCAUCUUCUGGCUUCAUGUGAAAAUAUUCGAAAUGUAUCGGCAGAGGCUGGCGGAUAAGCCGGAAAUAAGUGCGCCGUUUUUAAGUUGUUACGUUUUGUGAAACUAAAGCGCGGGUUUUCUUCUGUUUUUAAGGAUAAUGGGCCUCAAUGAAUGAAACAAAUCUGGUGUGAUGCCGAUACGUCGAGCAGCAGCGACUCCAACCCCGGAGAAGGCCCCCUCCGCUGCAGCAGAGGAAGAGCCUGAAGCGUCCUCAGAGGAGUCGCCCUCCGCUGACGAUGAGCAGGCUGCACCUUCAGCUGCGCCCGCUGGGGAGGAGGAGGAGGAGGAGGGAGAGGCCAAGGCCGGGAAGGAGCCCACAGAGAACGGAGAGGAGGCAGAAGGAGCUGCCGCGGAGGAGGGGAAGGGGGAAGAAGAGACCGAAAAGAAAGAGGACAAAUGCAAGGACUGCGCGGCUGGACAGUGUGCAACACACUGCUAUGUUCUCCUACUAAGGUUGAAGGAUGGCUACAAGUACAAGAAAGCGAAAAGCAAGAAGGUGAAAAGGACUAUUCCUGCGUGGGCUAGCGUCGCUGCCAGCAAAAAGCUUCCCGUUGCCAACUUUGCAGGCACUCAGAACAAAGUGAACGAUAUCCUCAUCGAAGCUAUAACGUCUUGUAAUGACAAGUCCGGGGUUUCAUACCAGUCCUUCAUGAAAUAUAUUCUGAAAAAAUACCCUGAGAUGGAAAUAAACAGGAAGAAGUUUCUCAUCAAGAAAGCAAUGAAGAAGCAUUUGGAGAAGGGCACCAUCAAACAGCUGAAGGGUAAAGGCCUUUCAGGAACCUUCGCCAUUGGCAAGCAGUCCACCUCGUCUAAGAAAGCUCCACUGAAGACUGAGGCUCUGGGCGACGCUCUUCCUCUCAUCAUCACUCGGCUCUGUGAGCCCAAAGAGGCCUCCUACCUCCUGAUCAAGAAAUACCUGGAGCAGCACUUCCCCAACUUCAACGUCAAGAACAGGCCAGACCUACUGAAGACGGCCCUGGUGAAGGCUGUAGAGAAAGGACAGCUGGAGCAAAUCACUGGGAAAGGAGCCACUGGGACCUUCCAGCUGAAGCGCAACCAUAUUCUGCCGAAGGGUAGCAACUUGGAGGACGCCAUCACAGCCGCCAUCACAGCCAUGAAUGAACCUAAAACCUGCAGCACCACCACUCUACGCAAAUACCUAGUGGACGCAAACAAGGAUAGAAAGGAGUACCAACUAGUGGCCAGUCUGAGGAGGACCCUUAUGAAGUGUAAAGUCCUCGGCUGGAUGGAGCAGAUCACCGGUCACGGCUUCACAGGGACUUACCGGCUCUCGUUCCCUUUCUACCCGAGCCCGACUAUCCUGUACCCAGACAAGUUCAACGAGCCUUUGAAGAAAAACCCUGCACCCAAACAGAGCCGGAGGCGGACGGUUGAAUCUUCUGGCGAGGAAGAGUCGGAAGAGGAAGAGUCUGAGGACGAUGCGCCCCCAGUGAAGAGAAAAUCUCAGAAGAGGCCUCCACCCAAGGCUCGCCGUCCCCCACCGGCCAAGAAAUCUCAAAGUCCAAGCCAGUCAAAAGCUAAAGGCAGGGCACUCCCCCUCGCAAAGAAGUCUCCGGCAAAGAAAGCGGUGUCUUCGGCCAAGAGACGGGGAAAGAAACCACCAGCCCCUAAGAAGGAGUCCACACCGCCAGCUAAAGCCACGCCUGUCAAGAGGGGAGCUCCUGCAAGAAAGCCCAAAACACCUGCUGUUAAGAAGCUGGCCAAAAGGGGGGCCAAGAGACCGGUGUCCAGAGAGUCGUCCCCCGAGGAGGCUGUAGUCCCAAAGGAGACGACGAGGAGCGGGUCCAGGCGAUCGAAGCCCGAAGAGUCAUCUCCUCAGGAGUCUGAGGUUAAAAAGUCGGCGAACAAAAGGCGGUCCAAACCUGAAGAGUCGGCCACAGAAGUGCCUGUGGUCAAAAAGGGGGCGAAGAUCAGCAAGCAGUCCACUCGUAAGUCCAAGAGAGGGAAAUACUGAGUCCAGGAGCGCCUUCCACAAACUGGGCUGCUCUGAAUAUGCGGCUGCUUCGUUUCAGUGCUCUCUUUAUACCAUGUUCUCCCUUUUUAACAGGGCAGUAGUUUCUUUUUCAGUUUUUUUUUUUUUUUUUUGUAGAAUAAGAACAUUAUCCUACCAAGUUUACUGUACGUUGAGUUUCUGAAAUUUGAUUUUGUUUUAUUUUUAAUCACCAUGUGUAGAAAUGCUCAGUAAGUGUUGCUGUUAAAACAGACGUGUGACCAGCUGCCAGAUCGGGAAAGAAUAGCGGGAUCCUAGAGCCAUGUAGUGACUACCGUUUUUUUAUCUGUUCCUCAUCCACUCUUUAGCCGUUGGCAGUACAAGUUCUCAAUAUCAAAUGAAGUGAGAUAUCAGUGUUUUGGACGGUUGAGGAAAAAAAACACACAGAUUUUAUGGUUGUUUUUCCUGUCUACUGGGGUAAAAUUACAAUAUUUUUGGCAGUGCAGUAGAAUCAGAAUCAAAAUUGUAUCCACAUUUGUCCUUAAAAUAUUAAUUAUUAUUAUUAUGAACAAUGAAUUUUUGUUAUUUAAAACAAAACAAAUGUCCCCAGAAAAGAUGAGGCCUGCAGGUGACAGGUUGAGGACUUAACAGAUGAUAAAACACCAUGUUAGUAUUCAUUUCAAACACUUUUUGAUGAGUGUAUGUGUGUAAACAACCAUAUACAUGAAUUGAUUUUUAUUGCUUCACAGCUGUAUUUCAGUUCCAAACUGUAAGAAAUGUGUGUUGUGAGUAAGAAAAAGGAGGAUAAUAGCUCAUACAUACCCUGCAUGCAUGUAUUCCUUGUGUUGUUAAGAUAUUUUUUUUCCAAGUCAUUAAUAAAAUGGCUAUAUUUGUAACUCUUGCUGUUUUUUUAAUUUAGUCUACAGGGAGAACAUAAAACCAUCAAGUGGUAUUAGAUAUUGAACUUUUCAUUCAUAAAUGAUUAGUUUGAGGAUUUCUUAAUUCUGCACAAAGUGCUUCAGGGUUGCUGGGACCAGCAGGCGCCCUUGAAGGAAUAAAACAUUAAUUUUAGGA